GCCGGCAGGAUGCUGCCCUCGCAGGAAGCCUCCAAGCUCUACCAUGACAACUACGUGCGGAACUCGCGCGCCAUCGGCGUGCUCUGGGCCAUCUUCACCAUCUGCUUCGCCAUCAUCAACGUGGUGGUCUUCAUCCAGCCCUACUGGGUGGGCGACAGUGUCAACACGCCCAAGCCCGGUUACUUCGGGCUGUUCCACUACUGCGUGGGCAGCGGGCUGGCGGGCCGGGAGCUGUCGUGCCGCGGCUCCUUUACCGACUUCAGCACCAUCCCCUCGGGCGCCUUCCAGGCGGCGGCCUUCUUCGUGCUGCUCUCCAUGGUGCUGACGCUGGGCUGCAUCACCUGCUUCGCCCUCUUCUUCUUCUGCAACACCGCCACCGUCUACAAGAUCUGCGCCUGGAUGCAGCUGCUGGCAGCGCUCUGCCUGGUGCUGGGCUGCAUGAUCUUUCCUGACGGCUGGGAUGCAGAGACCAUACGGGACAUGUGUGGGGAGAAGACAGGGAAGUACUCCCUGGGCGACUGCUCCGUGCGCUGGGCUUACAUCCUGGCGAUCAUUGGCAUCCUCAACGCCCUCAUCCUUUCCUUCCUGGCCUUUGUCCUCGGCAACCGGCAGAACGACCUGCUGCACGAGGAGCUCAAGACAGAGAGCAAAGAUUUUGUUGGCACUGCGAGGAUAUAAGGCUGAGCGCCUGCAGCAGGAGCCUCUUCC